GUCUGUGAAUCUUUAGAUUUUCACUUUCUUCUUCUACUUCAUCAUCGUAUCUCUCUCUCGCGUCAGUUGAAGCCUUAAUGUAUGAUCAACUUUUUUUUGGGCCAAAAUGCAUGAUCAACUUGGCUUUAUUUUGACUUUUGCAGUACCCAAGUUAUUAAAAGAUUUAUUUGCUUAUUAAAACGUCAUAAUGUUCCCAAUUGUCAAUAAAUAGAAUGAUAAUGCUGAUUCACUUUAUAAGAUUAACAAACCACGUAAAGUGAAAUUCCAAGUCCAUGACAUCCCAUCCCUGCGUCUAUAUAAUGAAUGAACAAGAACGCUGUGUAGAGUACAGGGCAAGUUCAUUGGGCUCUUUACUGUUCAUCAUUCGCAAAGAAUUUAUAGCAGUUGACUGGGUAUCAGAGAUCUUCUCUAACGGCAAGCUACUUCUCGUCAUAAUUUUGUGAUUUGCAGCAGGUUAUUGCUAGUCUCUGGCAAUAAUGAGUAACCGUGUUAGCGAUGAGGUGGUAGAAAGGGUCACGGAAGAAAUCAGAAGUGGGCAUUCUUCUCGUCGACAUGACAGGACUUUGCCAUAUACUCACAAGGUGGGAGCUCCUCCGAGGCAAAAUCUUCUCAAAGAGAUCAAAGAAACUGUAAUGGAAACUUUCUUUCCAGACAAGCCCUUAAGCCACUUUAAGGACCAACCUGCAUCCAGAAAGUUAGUUCUUGGCCUGCAAGCAGUUUUCCCAAUCCUUGAAUGGGGAAGAGGUUACAAUCUUAGUAAAUUUAAAGGGGAUCUCGUUUCUGGACUUACCAUUGCAAGUCUCUGUAUUCCUCAGGAUAUUGCAUACGCAAAGCUCGCAAAUUUGGAACCGCAGUAUGCACUCUACACCAGUUUUGUGGCUCCUCUUGUUUAUGCUUUCAUGGGAAGCUCAAGAGAUAUAGCCAUAGGACCAGUGGCUGUGGUAUCCCUUUUGCUUGGAACUAUGCUGACGGAUAAGAUUGGUGACUAUGGAAGUCAUGACUAUCUUCGUCUUGCAUUUACUGCCACCUUUUUCGCAGGAAUCACUCAAAUGGCACUCGGAUUUCUCAGGCUCGGUUUCUUGAUCGACUUCUUAUCUCAUGCUGCAAUUGUGGGAUUCAUGGCCGGAGCUGCUGUUACUAUAGCCUUGCAACAGCUCAAAGGAUUGCUUGGCAUAAAAAAAUUCACCAAGAAGAGUGACAUAAUUUCUGUUAUGCGCUCAGUUUGGACUAACGUGCACCACGGGUGGAAUUGGCAGACAAUAGUCAUUGGCUUAGCAUUCUUGGCUUUCCUCCUUACAGCUAAGCAUCUGGGUAAAAAGAAUAAGAAACUAUUUUGGGUAUCUGCACUUGCUCCUUUAACAUCUGUUAUAGUGUCCACCUUUUUCGUCUACAUCACCCGCGCUGACAAGAAAGGCGUUGCAAUUGUGAAACACAUAGAGAAGGGAGUGAAUCCAAUAUCUGCAAGUGAUAUUUUUUUCAGUGGAAAAUAUCUUGGCCCUGGGAUUCAGAUUGGUGUGAUAGCUGGUUUGAUUGCACUCACAGAAGCUGUAGCAAUUGGGAGGACAUUUGCUGCCAUGAAAGAUUAUUCAUUGGAUGGUAACAAAGAAAUGGUGGCUAUGGGAACAAUGAAUGUUAUUGGUUCACUGACAUCUUGUUAUGUAGCUACAGGAUCUUUUUCACGCUCAGCAGUGAAUUUCAUGGCUGGCUGUCAAACCGCUGUAUCAAACAUCGUCAUGUCCAUUGUCGUGUUAUUAACCUUGGUGUUCAUUACACCACUAUUUAAGUACACCCCUAAUGCAGUGCUUGCUUCUAUUAUAAUAGUAGCUGUGAUAGGCCUUAUUGACAUUGAUGCAGUCAUUCUGUUAUGGAAGAUCGACAAAUUUGAUUUUGUAGCCUGCAUGGGAGCCUUCUUUGGUGUGGUUUUCAAAAAUGUUGAGAUUGGCCUUCUUAUUGCGGUGGCCAUAUCAUUUGCCAAAAUCCUUUUACAAGUGACAAGACCAAGGACAGUCGCCCUUGGGAAGCUUCCUGGGACCAAGGUGUACAGGAACAUCUAUCAAUACCCAAAUGCUACACAGGUUCCCCAAAUGCUAAUUAUUAGAGUUGACUCUGCGAUCUACUUCUCAAACUCCAACUAUAUCAAGGACAGAAUUCUGAGAUGGCUGCAAGAUGAAGAUGAACAAAGGAAAGAAAGUGGUUUUCCCACAAUAGAAUAUCUGAUUGUUGAAAUGUCACCUGUUACUGACAUUGACACUAGUGGCAUCCAUGCCUUUGAAGAUUUAUGCAAGAGCCUUCAGAAAAGAGGGGUCCAGCUUAUCCUGUCAAAUCCCGGGCCAGUUGUGAUGGAGAAGCUCUAUGCAUCCAAGUUAGUAGACAUAAUUGGGGAAGACAAGAUAUUUCUAUCAGUGGGUGAUGCUGUUGCAACUUUUGGUUCAAAGGCUGAUGAAGUUUGAUAGCAGGUUGAUAUUUUGGAACUGAUUAAGAACCAGUUCAUAAGUUUGUGAAUGAUGGUUGAGAUUAUUAAUUACUUGGCCAUUUCAUAAGUUUCUGUAGGAAUGUAUGUAAAGGAAGAUCAUGCAUUAAGGGGCGUGUAAAUUUGCGGAUGAAGUGAAGUAGAGGAAGUGGUAACGAUGGGAUGAGAUUUGGGUCGUGAUUAAGGGUUUAAACUUUAAACCCUUUACAAAAAGAAGGAAAUAAAAUAAUGGGACGUUGUUUUCUUCUUGGGCUUAAUAGCUUAUAUUUAUCUUACCCAGGGGAAGAAAACAUUUCUCUUAGGCUAUAAUCAAUAACAUAACCAACACAUUGGUUAUAGAUCAGUCAAAGAGGUCGUCUGCUAUGUCCUUAUUUACUGUUUGUUCAUUUGUCCCAUGAACGUACGAAUCAUAUCUUCAUUCAAUAUCUUGCCCUAAUCUC